AUGGCAACGGGGGCAGAGAGAGGGAUAUUUGUCGCGCGCGCGCGAGAGAGAAAGCAAGGGCUUGGCCCAUUUGCUCUACGGUUAGCGGCAAAGGGGCACGAACUGGAUUUGCAAUGGACGGCCGAUAGUUCAUAUGCGAGGCUGAAGAGACGAAUUAAGAGCAAAGGUACUAAUGGCAGGGGGUGGGUGGUAAGCAGCCAAUCCGAGGGGCGUCGCUUGGGUGAGGUGUAA